AUGCCUUUACAAGUUGAUACGUCCUACAUAACAGCUAAGCAGAUAGAGAUAUCCAUUAAAGAGUCCUCCAUUAUUAAAAGAUCCGUACCGCAACAGGAACCGGCCAUGUCCUGUUUUAAUGUCUUAGUCGUGCUUUCCGCUGUCAUUUUGGGCGCUUCAGCUGGACAUCUUCAGGACCAAGCUCAAUACACCUUUGAGUAUGGUGUCCAUGAUCCCCACACCAACGACAUCAAAUCGCAGCAUGAGCAACGGAUUGGCCACCACGUAACUGGAAGCUACACCCUCAAAGAGGCUGACGGUACUACUAGAAUAGUUAAAUACAAAUCAGGACCUCACACUGGCUUCGAGGCGGUGGUGGAAAGGAUUGGACAAGCUCAACAUCCUAGCCAGUAUGCUCGUGGACAUGGUCAUGCGCAAGGUUUCGGAGGAGCCACCAGCCAUGUUGGAGGCACCCAUUGGUCAAAUCAGGGACCUGAAGGACACAGACAUUAA